AUGGGCACUGCCAGCAUCUUCCUCUGCCUCCUGUACCUCUGUGGGGAGCUGGGUCUCAGCACUUCCCCUGCACCAAGAGGGCUCCGCUGUUACACCUGCAACUUUGCCAAACCCUGCUACCUUGUCCCCACCGAGUGUCAAGAUGAUGAAGCUUGUGGCAUCAGUAUCGGCACCUCAGAGCAGGGUGAGAGCAUUGAACGGAGGGGCUGCCUCCCAAGGUCCCAGUGCCCCCUGCAGGGCCAUGCAACCUAUUGGUCACGCUCCUACACUCUGCUGCACCGCUGCUGUGAGCAGGACCUGUGCAACGCUGCUACAGCCCUGCGGGGGCUCCCCAGCCCCCUCCUCCUCACCGCCCCACUCCUCCUCACCACCUGCUUUGCCUGGGGAGGCCACCUCCUUCACUAG